AUGAGUUUCAACAAAUUGUCAGGAUCAUUGCCAGAGGAAAUUGGGAACAUGACAUCCCUUAUCGACUUACGGCUUAACAACAAUGUAUUAAGUGGUCCGAUACCAUCCACCUUUGUGAAUCAAUCAAGACUGUUUAAUUUAGGACUACGGUCCAACAACUUAAGUGGAGAGAUUCCACCAUCCAUUUGCAACUUGAGAUCCCUUGAAGUACUUUAUUUAUCAGACAAUAAUUUGGAAGGAGCAAUUCCAGAUUGUCUGGGAAACUUGGGCUCAUCUGCGCUUGUCCUCUCUUUGAAUGCAAAUAAACUUAGCGGCAUCAUACCAUCAACAUUCCCAAAGGGUUGCAGACUUGAGUCAAUCAAUCUAAAUGGAAACAAAUUGGAAGGACCACUUCCCCAGACAUUGGGCAACUGCCAAGAUUUGGUUAUCGUGGACAUUGCUGAUAACAAAAUACAAGGUGCGUUUCCCUUUUGGAUGGAAACACUCCCUCAACUUCGCGUCCUUGUUUUGAGGUCAAAUAAGUUCAAUGGUACGAUGUCGGUGUUUUCAAAAACUGAGCAGCCUUUCCCAAAGUUGCAAGCACUGGAUGUAUCGUAUAAUGCAUUUGUUGGCUCUCUACCCGAUAGAUAUUUCAAGAACUUUCGAGGUAUGAUUGAUGCCAAGGGAAACCAAACUAAUGAUGGAGCACGCCUUAAAUCAGCAAACCUUAGAGGUUUCAUUGAUUUGCGGCUCACAUUGAAAGGAUUAGAUCAGUCAUUGAUUCAACUCUUGACAACCUUUAACACUAUCGACUUAUCGUCCAACAGAUUCUCCGGAAGCAUUCCACCUUCUAUAGGGCUUCUCAACUCUUUGAUUCUCAGGUAUAGAUACUUUGAGAAAAUUGACGAUGUUUUUGAAAAGAUCUUUGAGUGUUUCCAGCACCGGAAGAAAAGAGAUAGAAGAAGAAGAGUUGUGAGGAAUCAGGCUAGAAGACAGCAGUAA